AUGAACACAAAAAAUGGAAGUUUUAUGACAGAUUUCAUCCUGCUGGGGUUUUCUGAUCGUCCCCAAUUAGAACACAUUAUCUCUGGAGUUGCCUUCAUCUUCUAUGUUGUGACUCUGGUAGGAAACACAACCAUCAUUCUUGUAUCUUACCUAGACAGCCAGCUCCAUACUCCCAUGUAUUUCUUCUUAUCCAAUUUGUCCUUCCUGGACCUCUGUUAUGCAACUAGCAUUAUCCCACAGAUGCUGGUAAAUCUAUGGGGUCCAACAAAGUCUAUUACCUAUGGAGGGUGUGCGCUCCAAUUUUUCUUUGCCCUUGACUUGGGAGCCACAGAAUGUCUUCUCUUGGCUAUGAUGGCCUAUGACCGCUACGCUGCUGUCUGUCAACCUCUUCACUACACAGUAGUAAUGCACCCUCAGCUUUGCCAGAAGAUGGUGCUCACCUCUUGGUUAGGUGGUCUUGGCAGUUCCUUAAUUACUUGCUCCCUGACUUUGAAGUUGCCAAGAUGUGGGCACCGGGAAGUGGAUAAUUUUGUCUGCGAGAUGCCAGCCUUGCUCAAGAUGGCUUGUGUCUACUCAAAAGUAAUUGAGGUCGUUGUCUAUGCUCUUGGGGUGAUAUUCCUUCUAGUACCUCUAUCACUAAUUCUCAUCUCAUAUGCAAUUAUCACUCAAACUGUCUCGAGGAUCAAGUCAACAGCAAGGUGGCGUAAGGUCCUUAAUACAUGCGGUUCCCACCUCACAGUAGUAACUCUCUUUUAUGGAACAAUCAUUUAUAUGUACAUGAAGCCACAGAAUAGCACAUCCCAAGAUGAGGGGAAGUUUCUUACUCUCUUUUACACAAUCGUCACACCCACUCUUAACCCUGUGAUCUACACUUUAAGAAACAAAGAUGUAAAGAAUGCAGUAAAGAGAAUACUUUAUGUGGAAAAAUGGUCAGCAAAGUCAUGA